AUGAGUGCAAUGGAAACGAGUGGGAGGAAUGAGCAUCACUUUCUCGGUUAUAAAAUAACAAACCGAUAUCCGAAUGGCACACAUUUGAGUCGAACGUCGUUCCAUCAACUUGAGGAAAAUCAUCGGCAGUGAAAUCUCGACGAAUAGAAUACUAAAAGGCACCAUCAUGGUGAAGUACGUGAUAUUUUUUUUUAUGUUCAUUGCUGUUGCACAUGCACAACGACGACCCACAUAUGCAGGCUCGGGCAAUGGUUUGCCAGUUGUCCUUCCACAAUAUCUGCAGGGUCAACAAAUGACUGAGGAGCCAGUGGAUAAUCGACUCGGUUCUUCUGCUGCUGUUCCAGUACUGGAGAGCACGUCUCGACAGGGUAAUGGACAAUGGAUUGACAUUGACCAGAUAAAAUCGUGGGACGAGGACAGACAACCUUUCUGGUUAAAAAAUUGGCAACAAAUUCAGGAACACAUCGGUGCCCCGCCCUCUGAGUUACCGGGUAUCCCUAAAAAAUUCACCUCCACAAGUUAAUUUGUUUAUACCAACGACUACAUCUGUUUUACACAAAAGCCCCUUUUUAUGUAUGAAAAUCGUGUGCAGAGUAUUAAUAAAGAUAAGUAUUGUAUAA